AUGUCGCGCUCUUUCCUCGUAGACACGUUGAUUAGUGAUACGUCUAAAGACUGUAAGAAAGCUGACAUGCCAAGUGACCCGCACCCUUACACAAGUUUCAUAGGCCCACCGAAGUUUCUGCAGUAUCCCUACCCAGGGCACCUGAAUCUACUGAGCAUUGGAUUGCAACAACAGACUCGGACACCGGAUCUGUUCAGGCCUUUUCUGGAGCACCUCAACUUUAGGUAUCCGCUACUGCAUCAAUUACCAUCGCACUCGGAUUUUUACGAGCGGACCCAAACUGAGACCGCGAUGGCUGAUAGCUAUCGGAAAACCGAAGAUCUGGAGCCAGUUAACUUCGUGAGCAGAAGAAAGAAAUCCGUGUCGCCGUACUUACAUCACCCGUACAAAUCUACGGCUAUAUCGCCAUCCAAGAGCCAAGGACAGCGCUCACCGUCCUUAUCGAGCGACAGCAGGAAUGGAACACCAAGCCCUCCUCUCGCCCACCCCGAAGAGCUCCUUCCAGGCUAUUCGAAAGACCUCAAGCGGGUUCCUCUCAAAGAAGAUUCUAGCAAACGCAUCAGGACAGCAUUCACAGGCACGCAGCUGCUUGAAUUAGAAAGGGAGUUCUCCAUGAACAUGUACCUGUCGAGACUCAGGAGGAUUGAGAUCGCAUCAAGACUUAAGCUGUCUGAGAAGCAAGUGAAGAUCUGGUUCCAGAACCGCCGCGUGAAGCUGAAGAAAGAGGAAAGCCCGAUGACCUCCACAGACGGAAGAACGAAGAAGUGCUGCUGCACUAAAACAUCGUGCUCCUCGAAGGACGAAACGCUUUGUGAAAACGAACCGGAGCACAUAGACGUUGUUAGUGACAACGACGCGAGUUAUGAAAUUCAGAAUCUCUCCCGCUACUCC